AUGUGGCCGCCGGCGCGGGCGGCGGCGCGCGGGUCAGGGAUGCCCCUGGCUCUAGGCUUCCCAGUUGGGGAGCCUCUGGUGGCGCGGGCGGCGCGCGGCGCGGCGGGCUUGCCCGCAGGCGUGGUGGCCGACACCGAGGUGGCGGCCUGCCUGGAGCUCUUCGGGCUGCCCGAGGGCGCAGACGCGGCCAGCCUGCGGGCCAGGUACCUGGAGCUCGCCAAGGAGCUCCACCCGGACUCGGCGCCAGGCCGCCGCGGCUCCGACGCGAGCCGUGCCUUCGACCCCGGUGCCUCCAGCGCUUCCACGGACGCCCCCCCCGCGCUGACGUGGCCGCCUUCCAGCGCCUGCAGCGCUGCUACGGCCUACUGUCCGCCAGGGGCCCCGCCGGGGCGCAGGGGCGGCGGGAGCCGGACUGGCUUCGGGAGCUGCGCGAGAACUACGCGAACAGCAAGGACCCGUUCCCGUGACGCCCCCGCGCGCCCCGCCUGCCGAGCACCGCCAGCGCGGCCCGAAUGCAGGCGUCGGCGCUGGGAAAGCGGCGCCCCUCUCUGA